GCUCGGCGUUCGAACGCCGAGGUCUUAAACCACGGACAUAGCUACGAACGCCGCUUUCCCUGCACGAGCUUGCAGAGACAGCGGGGACUUGCUCCCUUUUUGUGUGUUUUUGUUUGUUUAUUUUCUUCACCUGCACAGGACGCUGCCAUCGGCUCAGCGCCUUCUGGGAGCAGGCGGAAGGCAGCACGGCUUCAAGACGUGCGUGUGAGCGAGAGGGAAAGGAGGGGGGGGGGAUCCGCAUCGUCGUCUGCUGCCUCGCAUUCCAGCAGACGGCAUUUCAGCUUGACCGCUCAUGAGAGCGGCUGGACAUCGCGCGCCUUCGAUGAACUGUCCCCAGCCUCUCAUCAAUUCGCGACGGAUCGCUUUCUGCUCGAUUACUUUGCAGAGGUUGCUGCAAAUAUGUGCGACAGCACCGACGAUGAUACUUUCGACACCUCCCACGUGACGCCGACGGUGGAGCAAAUGAAAGUCGAGCCGCCCGCGACCGUGGGCCGUCGCCGGCGCCGGAACUGCGGACGUCGCUCCUCUGCUAAGCCUCGUGGUCGCGCUCGCAACGUAACUACCGGUGCGGGUGGCAAGCGAGGAGGGAGUCGCCAACCGCGGCCCGCCGCCGCCUCAGCCUUCCUCGCGGCUGCUGCUUCCCCGCAGAAAACUGCUUACGGCGUCAGCGUGAAGGCCGAAACGGCCGAAGAAGUGCCGCUUGAGGUCUUCACCUCGGAGAGCGAGUCCAGCAUCGACCUGCAGGCCGAGACGUACGUCUCGAAGAUCAUGCCGGACCCGGCGACGAUCGUGUACGCGGAGCAGCGCGGCAGCGGCCUCGCCUCCAACGUGCAGGGAGGAACCUCGUGCAGCAGCCACCCGUACGGCGCCUGCUGCGAGGAGCCGCCCGCCACGCCACCGCCACAACGACGCCGCGGUGGGCGCGCCGCUCCUCGACCGGCGCCACCACCGCGGCGGCGGCGGCGCGUGGCCAUCGACGGCGACGAGCGCGUCGUGUGCAAGCCCCAGACGGGCCGCUGGACCUCGCUGCUGCCCGUGGGCACGCUGGCGCGCCGGCCCUCGGCCAAGCUGGUGCAGCUCGUCGCGCAGGCCAUACACGAGAGCCCGCAGCGGGUGCUGCGGGUCACGCACGUCUACGCGGCACUGCAGAACAGGUACCCUUACUUCAGGCUCCUAGACAAGAAGGGCAUCAGCAGCUGGAAGAGCUCGGUGCGUCACGCUCUCUUCCAAAAGUGGUUCGUGAAGCUGCGCCCCACGUCCGUGAUGUACGAGUCGGUUCGUCCCAGGAGUUUCUUCUGGGGCCUCAACUACAGCAACAGGCCCCGUGAAUGGGAGAUGCCCCGAGAAGUGCCGCGGGCCUUCGCCGCACCGACCAACGGCGACGACUACGGGCAGCAGCGGGACGACGGCGAGGCGUCCAGGCUGUUCUCGGGCCUGCACCUGGCCGCCGAGCCGCCGACCAAGAAGCCGGCGCUGCCGUCGGCCUUCCGCCUCGAACUGGAGCGCGGCCUCUUCCCGCCGCCGGACCUGCCCCGGUCCCCGGGCCGCGAGCGGAAGCUGCCGGCCGUCCGGUACUGCGAGUUCGGGCCGGUGACGUCGCCUCCGCAGCCCGAGGACGAGCUGAUCUCCGUGGACAGCCCGUCCUCCUCGCCGCCGCCCCGCGUCGCGCCAGAACUGUGGAAGUCCGAGUGCGCGAGGCCCGACGGCUGGCCGGUCCAGGAGCGGGCGGAGGAGCAAGCCUGGCAGCCCAACGUCGGCGCCUGUGGCGCGCUGCCGGGCCCGUGGGACGCGGACGUCGCGUACUGCAAGCCGGCGUCAGCACCGCCUUGCUCAAGCGCUACGGCCACGUCGGCGACUGCGACGCUGGUGGAGGCCGUCGUGGACAGCUUCCAGAGGCCGUGGCCGUCGCUGUCGGGCGAGCAGUUCGUGCAACUUCGGCACGAAGAGCAGCGGCCGGUGAUGCAAGAGCCAUUGCAAGAGCCGUUGCAAGAGCCACAACAGCAGCAGCAGCUGCAGAUGCUGCACGCACCGACGCAAGAGUCCCGGGAGCACCAUCAGCAGCAGGAGUUCCAGCAGGUCUUGAGAGAGUUCCUGACGGCACCGACGGCGCAACAAGGCGGUGCGAUGCAGGACUGGCUGAGACCGGUGGAGGUCGCAUGCCCUAACGAAAUCUUCGACCUCAGAACGGAGUCGCAGGACAGCCUCUGGGACACCCUCGACCACUUCAUCGGGUCGCUGGCGUUCGGCGGCGAGGAACCGCUGGCACCUCGCCUCGCCCAGGGCUCGCCGCGACACAACGCGCAGGCGUCGUAUCCGGGCCCCGCGGCGCUUCCCGCCGCGCCUUCGUCGACCCCGGCGUCGACCCCGUCGCAGCCGCCACCGGCGAUUGCCGGGCCGUCGCCUCCGCCGCAUCAUGGCAUCCUACUGCGAAGGAUGCACCAGGAGCAGGCAUCCCGCCUGACGCACCUCCUUCGCGGCGUCCGAAUGCUGCUGGACGACCCGGACGAGGUCGUCGCCUGCGUGAACGUUCCCUGGCCCGUGUGGAAGGCUCUGUCCGGCCGCUCCAUCGUGCGGAGGAGCACCCCGUCGGGCGGCCGCCGCGAGCGAGAGCGCAUCACGGCCAUCGUGAUGGCGCCCCCGUCCACGCCGCUGCCCACCGACGGGCCUCCCAUCGUGGAUCACCAGGCCGAGUGCCGCGCGUCGCGACCCCUUGCUACCACUACCGGCGGCGACGACGAGGACGGCCGGUCGUUUCCCGCGGACCAGGCCGAUUGCGGAGACCCCGGGUCGCCGCCUGCGUAGAGCGUUCGAAGCGCGUCUGCCGUGUCUCGAGCGUGCGUCCUUGAUUGAGUAAUGUGUGUGCCACCGUUACGUCUUUUUUUUUCCUGGGAUUCUUUUUUUCUUCUUUCUCUUACAAUGCCGGGUCCAGAAGUUGCUAGAACUCCCGUCCAGAAGUCUAGAAGUCCAGAAGUAAGUUAGAACGACCGGUGCCUUGCCGAGUGGAUGAGAAAUGUGGCUUAAAAUGCUGGGAUAAACCCUCCCCCCCCCCCCAAUUGAUGUUAAGGUUUCCGGCUGUACGUCCACGUAGCUUUCGGAUAGAUUUAGCAGGGCGCGGAUCUGUACGCGGUGCAAGGCACACGGCGGGCAGCCUCGCAUAGCCACCGCACCAGUUCUCGAGGAGCAAGUGGAACCGUCGCAUCCGUGUGCCUCGCCGUGACGCAUUUGUACACAGACUGGAAGCAAGUGCGAAUUUCCGAAGGACGCGAAAGGGCAGACGCGCCGCUGCCACGACGGCACUUAUUGCGGGUGGCGCUUGUACACGCACGCCCUAAAAACAGUUUGCACCCUUUGGGGUGUAUGUUUGUCCCACAACGAUAAUCGUUAUCUGUCCUGCCCGCAUUUCCUUUCUUUAUCGCUGCGAGCCCGGCACUUCCCAGUCACGAACGGCAUGCGCGUUAUCAGUGUGACGCAGCAUUCUCGACAGGAUCUCGACAGGAAAGUAGCGAGCGCCGAGUUUUCAAGAAAGGAAACGCAAGCGAGGCAGAUGACGAUUACUGUUGUGGGACAAAUAUACACCCCAAAGGGUGCAAACUGUUUUUAGAGUGCAUAUGUGCAUGGUGUAUAUUUGCGACACAACGAUAAUCGUCAUCUAUCUUGCCCGCAUUUCCUUUCUUGAAAACGCUGCGCUCGAUACUAUCCUGUCGGGAAUGCUAUGUCCUGCUGAUAAACGCAUGCCGUUCGUUACUGGCAAGUACCGGGCUCGCAGCGUAAAAGAAUGGAAAUGCGGGCAAGACAGAUGACGAUUACUGUUGAGUGGCAAAUAUACACCCCAGAGGGUGUAAACUUUUCUGAGAGUGUAGAUGUGGGUAAGGCCUGUCGCGUUCCGUCAACGACGAAAGAUAACAGCCUUCUCUCGAGCCUUUCUUUAGGCAGGGCUGCGAGACUUGGUUUUCGUGUUGCCUUGUACCUGCCCAAAAUGUGAUAUUCUCAGUGCUUUCCUCGUGAUUGCCAGCGAGUACAAAUACUGAACAUGUGCGCAUACGUCAUCGCCGUUUUUUUUUCUCCUUUUUCUUCUCUCGAGCAUCUAGUCGGAGUAGUAAGUGCCUUUUCAAGAUUACAGCAUUGUGAUCAUGGUGUCUAGCCUUGUACAGUUGAACGUAUCUCUGCAGUCUUCCAAGGUUUCCUAUUCCAGUCUGAAACUUCGGGAGGCAGGCAGCACGUGACCUUCAAAAAAAAAAAACAAGCGCCAACACUCGGAUGCAAACGUGUGCCCGUGGUUCUCGAAGUGGCUGCCAUUUGUUCCUUCUGUGCGUGACUACAGUCCCCUUCAGCCUUAAACGAGUGUUCGACCAGCUGCCGAGCGCUUCGCACAAGAACAGGUGGUGGUUGUAUUCUAGUAGCGCAUCACUCGACCGUUCUCCGCUUUCGUCACAAAGUCGCGCAGGGUCUUCGAGGCAUCGCGGGUUUUCUCGAAGGGUGCUCCGCGACGACGUUCGUUCAUUACGUCACGAGGUAGACACGUCUUCCGGGGACGCUUCAACUCGUCGUGCAAUGAGGUCGCGAUCUCGGCGCGACGCGUUGCUCUUGGCGUUGUAAAAAUCCUCUUCGUGUCUGCAUCCGGCCGCGCGGAACGUGGGGCUUUGCAGCCUGGUUGCGCGACGGGUCCGCAAGGAAGACGUCCAGGACCGAAAGGGCAGCGCCGCAGGGUGCCGAAACGUCAUCUCCCAGUGUCGACACAUGGGCACGCGAUCGAUGCUUGAGACGUGAACUGAGAGACGGGACGAGCUCGACCGAAACGGUGCCGGAGGACAAAGUCCACCUACGAUGAUGCCCCGUCCUGCCUCGACACGGAACUUGGCGCACUGCGCAGGUCGGACAGUUUACCGCGCUGCUACUACUCCUAGCACGAAGCUUCCUCGGCUUAUUUCUCGCCUUCCAAAGUGAGCCCUGGUACCCUCCGGGAGCGUUGGUAACCGCGAUGCGGCAUGUUCGUUAAUUCGGUCCUCGGGGUUUCUGCAAGUCGUUCUUUCGCAUGAUUUUUUUUUAUGAACUUGAACUGCCCUCCUUCGCAACUGUUGAAAGUCUGUUGUACGGCAGUUUAGCCAAUGUUUUCCCUAGUGAAACCUCCAGCCCGUGCAGGUCGACUGCUGCAUUCCAUACUGUCAAAGACAGCGUCCUGCAAGAUUGCGUGGCAAGCCAGUUUCGUCUCCCUUUGUUGUGGGUAAUUCGGUCGUCAGCCAGCGCUUCCUAUUGUUUGGGACGAGGCAGCGUUAAGUAAUGUUUACCUGGAGUUAUCGUUGACAUGGUCACGACUCUUCAUAAACGUUAUGAAACAAGCUUGCUCAUUUCAGGCUUCCUAUAAACUACGGGUAUGACAGAUUCAAAAGAGCCGUUAAAGCCUCACCUCCCGCCCGCGAAGCGUAAAACUUGGCACCAAGUUAGCCAGUGUUUGGCGUUCAGUGACCGAGCUGCAACUUCGUCUAUUCCACGUCCAGAGUAUGCUUCCUUUCUUUUUUUCUUUUUUGUCGACCCGCACUCACUGUCUCAGCAGAAAGCCACGGUCAGACGCAAAGAAAUUUCAGUCGAACGCACCCACGUUACUCAUCGGGCCCUCGCGUUUUGCAUCUCUCUAUAUAGUAUUUUUUUCAGUAUUUUCAUGCGUGUCGUUUCUGCGUUUCGUUUUAGUUAUAUUACUUUCUUUUUUUCAGCUACGAAUCCGUUGUUGCUCAAAUAUGCACAUAAGUGUAUUUCCACGCGCCAUAUAUAUAUGUAUGUAUGCAUGUAUUUCUCGUUGUCAAUAUUCGUUUCUUUUCGCGUUGCUUUUCCGUUAUUCGUUCUUAUUAUUAUGAUUUGGGCGCAUGAGGGUAGGCGCAAGCAUAUGAACAGCCAUUAGCCUCUAUCGUGAUGACGUAUUUUUAUAUGCCCUUGACAGCUCGGUCUAUCUGCAUUCCUAUAUCCCAUAUUUUUUCUUACUCUUGCACAUCGAACUAUAGUAAAGCGUGUCCUCGGUUCGAACUUCUAGGAUUUUAACGUUCUAAAAGCUUAGGAUUAGCUCGUUGCAUGCUCAGUUCAUUAUCACUCAAGCUUUAUCGCAUGCUCGUUGCAUGUUCUUUCUUAAUUAAAGUUGGGCUUGUCCUGGCGUGAACGCUGAA